GCUGCAUCAGGUUCACAGCGGCCGCUGUGCGGAGAGGCAGUCACAAAGGGAGGAGGGCAACGUGAGUGUUGUUUUAGGACCAACUUCGUCAGAAAGCUUCUCCUGUUCCGGUCUGCGGAGACCACAUAGCUCUCUUUGACUUUCCUCUAUCUGGUGGACUCUACAGAGGGGUUUGAAGCAAAGAUUCACAUGCCCCUGCAGUAAAGAUGGGCUGCACCACGGUGCCCCUUGCGUGCCAACCGCAAGAGGGACAGUCCUUGGAAGCCGGUGGCGCCAAAGUCCCGGAGGUGCUCUCCUCCUUGGACCGUUUGUCCCAGGCCACCGGGGGCAUGGAGAAGUCUUGGUACCGCUGCAUCUUCCCCUUCGGAAUCAUCUCGUUGGUAAUCGGCGUGGCGGGGACGGGGGUCACCUACACCUACAACGAUCUGCCCCAGACCAAGGUGGUGUCUGUGGUGCUCCUGGUCACAGGGCUGCUACUCCUUCUGAUGGCCACCGCCUGCUGGACCGUCCACAAGAAGAAGAGGAGGAAAAAGAAAGAGGGCGGCUCGUUCUCCUCGGAGCAAUGCCCGCUGUGAAGCGUAUGCGAGGAGGGGGGGCAAGUGUUGUCGGAACUUAAAAAGCAGAUGUUGGGGAGUUGACUGAAGAAGCCGGCACUCCGCCCCCUGCAUGUGUGGUAUUCCCUCUUUUCUCCCAACACAGAGGAUGACAGAUAGACAGACACUCAGGAUCUGUUUAGUCUGGACCAUUUUGGAGUGAGGAGGGAUCCACCGCAUCUCACAUGAUCUUCAGAAUCAGAAUCAUCUUUAUUUGCCAAGUAUGUCCACAAAACACACAAGGAAUUUGUCUCCGGUAGUUGGAGCCGCUGUAAUACGGCAACAGACAGUUGGACCUUUUAUCAUCGGACGGCAGGUGUCCGGUGUCAAAACAACCUCCAAGGAGACUAGUGCAUAUUUACACACACUGGCAGUCCUCCCUCGCUAUGCAGAAGCACCGCCGGAGUCACUGCUGGCGUCACCGGUGCACGUCAGUUGUGGCAUUCCUCACUUCCCGGGACAGGUGACUCUCCGAGAGGGCAGGAGCGGGGCCUGAAGACGGCAACCCGAUACGAGCGGCGCACCCACGUCAGCGGACGGCGUCACUCCCUCGUCCUGUGACACCGCAGCAAUGUGUUGGGGGUGGGGGCGGGGGGGGCUCUUUUAUGCAACGGGAGAGCGGAACUUGAGUCCGCGAGGAUCCCCGUGGUAUCUGUGUGGACGACGCAGUCUAGGAGAGGAGCGCUCGUAAUAAAAGACUCCAGGACUUACUUAUCAAGGAACACAAAUAUUUGCAUCUGCAAAGCCCGCAAAGUGGAGUUCCUGUCGAGGUCUCUGUGCCGGGUACCUCAACUCCACACAAGUCAGGACAGGAUUAUUGAAGGACACAUGCCAUAACUCCAUAACUAGGACCCUGACUGAUCCGGCUCCGCUAGUAGCCCCUCCCGCUUCGUGCCUUGACCAAGCACACAUGGAAAAAGGCUCUUGUCACAUUUGUAUGUUUCCAUAUGAACUCAUGCCCCUCAAAAAUCCACUUUCCCUUGCGCUGACCCUCAUAAUCUUUUCCCAGGAAAACACUUUCCUCAUCCACCCCAUCUGCGGUUGGACCUCUCCCGUUACUUGAUCCCUAAUCGUUUUUCCAGCUGAAGACAAUUAUCAGACUUCAUUUAAAAGGAACAAACUUGUCCAAAUAAGACAGCCCUGGCCUCUCCUGUCUAAUAGCGAUGCCUUUUUCCCCUUGAGAGGCAAUAGUGAGACAGCAAAGCACGACCGAGGGGACUUGUGUCGGUGGUUUGAAUCCAGGAUUUUCUUCUUUCACUCACUGUUCCGAAUUCAUGACCACAGGUGAGAUCUGGAAUGGAAA